CGGACGCUGACAAGUGCGGCCGACUGAUCCUGAACUCAGUCGUAAUUUUCUGCUCUGUAGGCUCUAAAAACUACACUAUAUUUACAUUUAUACUGCCUCACCACCGGGAUGGACGUGUGAGCAUAAUACCAUGGUGGACUGACAUGUUGUUACGACGAGAAGCGUUCGCACAGCGGGAGAAUUGUUCCUUUGUAAGCUAGUGUUGGUCCGUCAGUUAGUAACCGUUAGUGAUGCUGUUGCACCGGGCUGCUGGGUGAGCACCGAGGAGCGUCUUCUUCACAGGCCGCCGGGAUGAGCCUUUACAGCUGAGCCCGAAAGGACCAAGACACCCCGAUGAGAGCAAGGGAACUCUCGGAGCUUGUGGGAAAAUAACCGGGUAUAGUUACAGCUAGCCUGCCCCCCCCCCAACUGCUUUCGCAAAUUCCAGUUGAAAGUGAGACCCAACCAACCUUCACGGUGGAAACGAGAAGAAGAGCAAAGAUGAAUGCUGUCCGGGGGGGCACAGUCACCUGGCGUCCCCAGCCGUGGCAGGAUGGGGACGGGGGAGGAGGAGAACCACUGUCGGACAGCGACUCGGAGGAGGAGGACUUCCCCGAUGACAGCACCACACCUCUGGGAGACUACAUCACACAUGGGUUGAAGCAGCUCCUAGACGCUCAGCAGCUGUGUGAUGUUACGCUACUUGUUGAGGGAAAGAAGUUCAUGUGUCACAGAGUCCUCUUAGCAGCCGUCAGUCCGUACUUUCGGGCCAUGUUCACCAGCCCUCUGGUCGAGUCCCGCCUCACUGAGAUCCGGCUGGAGGAAGUGACGCCGUCUGUCAUGGAGACCGUGAUCCAGUUUGUGUACACUGGUGAGGCGGGGCUCUCUCUGGACACAGCUGAAGAUCUGUUUGUGGCUGCCAACCGCCUUCAGGUCAUGCCCCUUCAAGACCUGUGCUCCAGGUUUCUGUUUGAGCACCUCUCAGUGGAUAACUGCCUGGGGAUGUACUCUCUGGCUCGCUCUCACCAUGACCAGCUGCUGCUGCGGGCCUCCCUGCGGCUGGUAGCCCAGCACUUCCCCCGGGUGGCCCGGCAGAAAGACUUCCUCCUGCUUGACCACGGCACAUUAGGCAGCCUCCUGAGUUCUGACCGCCUGGGGGUGGACUCCGAAGCAGAAGUUUACGACGCGGCACGCCGUUGGGCCGAGCACCAACCCUUAGAUCGUUAUGCCCACAUGCCGGCUCUUCUCCACCAUCUGCGGCCGGGGCUGCUGUCCCAGGAAGAGAGUAGAAGACUAUGCCAGGAAUUGGGUCCCGCCGCAGCCGGGGAGGGCCUCGGGGGGCCUCUAAGACCACGGGAGGGCAUGUUUGAGAAGAAGAUUGUCUGUGUGGACCUGACACCUCGGGAAGAUGAGAAUUUAGCUGCAAGAGACUUCACAGUGGACUGCUUUGAUCCUCGGACAGGAAAAUGGGAGAAGUUAGCAGCGCUGGGUUCACUUGUGAGUCCCGGCUGCACGGCUGUAGGUGACCGGCUGUUUGUAGCGGGUGGGAUCCUGCGGACAGGCUCUGUGUCUGCAGCAGUGCAUGAAUAUGAUGCAGUGUUGGACCGCUGGAUAGAGCGGCCUUCCAUGGUCCAGCCGAGGGCCAUGCUAGGCCUGCUGGGCUGUGGAGAGUCAAUCUAUGCCUUGGGUGGUAGUAACCGCUCAGCUCUGCUGGACUCCAGCGAGACUCUGGAGCUGACUACGCUUCAGUGGGCUCCGGGGCCUCGGUUACCGCUCCCUCUGCGCGCCUUUGCCUGCGCAGCGUUACGUGGACGGCUUUACCUUCUGGGUGGAACCACGCUCGAACAGAACCGGGCUGUGGUCCACUCGGGGGUGCUUAUUUAUCACACCCUAACGGACUGCUGGACACGUGUGGCUCUCGACUCCGGCGCCACAUGCCUCGCUGGAGGAGUAGCGGUGCGAGGAGGAGUGUGUGCCAUUGGAGGAUACAUGAGGGAUACCACCAAGUUCCUGGAUGGAAAUUACACCAAUCUGGAGACUUUAGACGCCACUGGGCGUGUGCUGUUUUUCAGAGAGGGCAGGGGGUCUGGAGUAGACAGGGAGGUGACUGGGGGAGGGGUGAUGGUCAGUGCGGAGCAGCGGGGUGGUGCAGGUGGUGGAAGCGACCGUGCCCCAAGCCCUGUUGUAUUUCCGGGGCUGCCGAGGCGGAUUGCGGCUGGGGGUGUGGCCAGGUGGAAACGCAGGAUUUAUGUGCUGGGUGGGGAAAACGGCUCACGGUUUUAUGACAGUGUGUACUGUUGGAAGCCCGGCUGGCGCAGCUGGGUCCAGAGACGUGAGAAACUCCCUGGAGACACUGGAGGGGUUAGCCAGUUUGGGUGUACCACUUUAAAGUUCCCUAAGAAACACAUCCUGUCCAGACUGAGACUGGCCAAAGAAAACUGCAAGAAGGCCGCUGACUAGCUUGAUAGGGAUCAGUAUGGUUAAACGCGAGGCAGCUGUUCAUGUGACACAGAUGAGCUCCAGGCUGACUUUGAAUUAGCCCCUCUCUGACCUCAUGAAAUGUUGAUGUUCAGAUGAAGUCACAAGGAAUAUAGCAUUUCAUACAAUCUGAGUGCAGCCCAGAGUAGGCUUAUAACGGACGGGAGGCAGGUUUAGUGUGUUAUGGAUAGUAAAUGUAAAGGCAGACGCAAGUGGAGCCAGAAACAGGUUAAAGGUCAGGCAACACGCACCUGAAUGUAACCACGUCCACAAUGUGUUCUCUGGGAUAGAAAAGGGCCUUUUUAUUUUGUUCUUAAAGUUUAAUGUUAUGUUCAGCAUUUUGCUGGAAGGAUCGUUUUUUAUUGCUGUUUGGAAACAAUUUCAAUGCUGUGAAUUUUUCAUCUGCGUUUAGUGUGGACACAAGGAGACGGGCACAUCACCGACCAUGUUCCACUUUAUGAGCCUCACCCUUGUUUGUUCUGUAACGUGGAUCUUUACAGCCCUUUGAAACGGCAAUUAAGGGCUAUACAAAUAGACUUGACUUCAGUGGGAACAUAUCAGAAGAAACGCACAUCUUUCAUAAAACUACUUACAUUAUGGAGCGUUUUUUACUCGUACCAUCAGUUAUUUAGUUUUUUAUUCUACUAUGAUACUAUGGUUCAUUUAUUACCACAAACAAAGCAGCCAAACAGCAUAUUAUUUAUAAAACAAGUGUAUUACCAAACUCAUAAGGGUUCUUGCUUCACAACAUCAGGAUAGUCUGACCCCCCCCCCCCCUACCUGUCCCAAGACCCUGUUCACUGGUCAGAUCCCUCCAACUGAUCCCAAACAUGGCAGCCCACGUGUGAAGCACAGACCGUGUUCAUGUUCAGUGUUUUCUUAUAAGGGAGCCUAGCAGUGGGAUGAAGGAUAUUAAAGAUUAAAGAUGAUCUUCUGUAUUAAUAUAUAGUUUAAGUUUAGGAAAUCCACUGUCCAAAAGGAUCUGGUAAAUGUUCACGCAGUGUGCUGCAAAGAAAAACUUGAACUGUCUUUUUUUAGCUAGCAUGAUUACAGUGAGCGAAGGUAAAGGUGUCAUGAAGAGGACACGCAGCGUCCUUGUGUCUAGACUGUCGCACCUUUCCUACACCUCCAGGUGAACACUUGUUACCUUCAGGUGAACACUUGUCACCUUCAGGUGAACACUUGUCACCUUCAGGUGAACACUUGUCACCUUCAG